AUGUAUGAGAAGAUAGAAGAACAAGAAGGUCUCCGCCUGAUUGCUGCCAUCAUAGACACGAGUCGCGUGCAGCCCAUCAAGCUCACUAGGGUAACCAAAGUGCUGGGCAGGACCGGUUCGCAGGGACAGUGCACGCAGGUACAUGUGGAAUUUAUGGAUGACACCAGCCGCUCCAUCAUCAGAAAUGUCAAAGGUCCCGUUCGAGAGGGAGAUGUGCUCACCCUACUGGAGUCAGAAAGGGAGACUCGGAAGUUGCGCUGA